AUGCCAUGCAUUUCUGAUGAAAAAAAAUCCUCAAAGUUUGGAAUACUUAAUGAUACCUUGAUUAUAUCUCAACUUAAGUCAAUCUUUCGGCAACAUUUUCCUAUCUGCAAUCGUGUAAGGGUCACAGGAAUUUUGUCAUACAGCAUUGAUGAUGAUUCAGAAAAAUUUUUGAAAGUUGAUAUUGACUCGGAAUAUGCUUCAUCUGAAAAUACUUUUGAUGUCGCGGGAAAACCGGAGCAAACAGAUUAUUCUGAUAACCGACCUUUGGCAUCUAUCUCUCCACCACUUCUCCCCCCACUUGUGUUACAUUCAUCGCGAAAUUCCCAAUCAUAUAACAAUUGCGAAAAAAGAUUAUGUACCCAAAUUUCCGUUGGAAUCUUAGAUAAACCUCAAUAUGAAAAAGAAGAUAGCAUUGUUGAUCAGGAUUCGACACCAGAAGAGGAGCAUUGCCCAAUUACAAGUCGUAGGGAUAGACGGAAGUGCCGCCAGCCGAAACGUCAACUUGUUUCCGAGACCGGCAAAAAAUAUGAAGAUACCGAGUCCGAAGCUGAUGCUUUUACCGAGGAUGGGUGUGAGGAAAGAGGUAGGGCUGAUGAUAAGGAUAUCAUUGAUUUGCACAAUACUCUUUCGUCUCCAAAAGUUGCCAAACUUGAUCAUUCCCCGAGUGAGUCUUGGGAUCAGACGUCUUCUGCUAAUCAAUUACUACAACUGACUUCUGUGUCAUCAGCCACAUCAGCUGCUCCUUCUGCUGUCGUGAAUUCCCCUUCGUGUCCUCAAUUAGUUGCAACUACUGUUUCUUUACCUCUGACAAGCAAGACUCAAUCGUUUCCUAGUCCUUUACUCGCUAAAUUAGCAAUCGCUACGAGAGGUGUAAUUUCUAAUCAAGUUGAUUGCUCAACUCAGCAGUCGUUUUCUAGCCCAUCCGGAAAAAUUCAAUUGGGUGAAACUUUUAGGCAAAAUCUUGGAUCCUUGCAGAGUGAGGCCCACAAUAUUUCCUCUGUCGGCUCGUCGGGA